AGACCAAGAACUCGAAGUUUGAAGCUGCACCACACUCGCUGUAUCACCAACUUUAUCCUUUUGUCUUUAAAAGAAAAAAAUCAAAUUAAUUCUUUCAAAUAAUCCAAUCUGCCAAUUUUUCAGUGGCUCUGGUGUUGCCAAAUGCACACAACACUAGACUAAAUUACACCUGCACCAUUCUCUCAUUGCUGGGUUAGUUAGUAACUCACGGGACAUAGAAACAGAUACCUACACAGAAACAGGUUAGGAACUGAGUUUGCUGUUUUAAUUAUACACCAUUGCUCCAAAGGCAUUAGACUAUGAAUCAUUGAGUAAAAAUGUGAAGAAGGAAGGGAAGAAGGCAUACAUAUGUGAUCUUCUUGAGGUUCUUGUAGGAAACUGAUUUUUUCUAUACCUGUUUUUUGCCUUAUUUUGAAUUUAUGUUUCCUUGUAACUAACUGUAAUAUGUGGAAUUUCUGCUGAGCUCUUGGGAGCACUGGGUAUUUUAGCAUGAUUUUCUGCUCUUUAUUUUUGAAUUUUCUGUAAAACUCAUUAACUUGCGGUCAAACAUUAAAAUAUCUCCAGCACUGCCUUCUUGUCCGUUAAAGGAACGGCAGUGCAACCAUGGCCGUCGUUGGAGGAAAUUUAGCGUUAUUACUGGAUGUGAUUUCACCAUGGGCAGUAGUUUUAGAGCAGAAGAUGCGACCGGUUUCAGUUGACGUUGUUCUGAACCUUCCAAAGAGAGAUCAUCAUCAUCACACAUGCUCGUCUGUUUCUUUAGGGAGCAAAAGCUUCGAAUCGGAUGGCAAAGAGAGUAGGAAACAGAGAGUAGUGGCGAGAGGAAAAGCGAAUUCAAAAAUGAAUGGUGUGGAUUUCGACAGCGAUGAGGAGAACGGAAGUAAUGGUGAGGGAGAGGAAGAACCAGCGCUGGAUUGGGAAAAGGAAAUGAGGAAGAAAGUGGAAGAGAUUGAAGAAAUGAGAGAGUUGGAGAAGAAAGCUGAAGAGUUACAAAGUAAAGCUGAGGAAAGUGAGAGUGAAGAUAGAGAAGAAACUGAGGAAGAGAAAAGGAUGAGAGUGAGAAAAGAGCUCGAAAAGGUGGCUAGAGAGCAAGCGGAGAGAAGAGAAACAGCACAGUUGAUGUUUGAAUUAGGGCAAAAGGCAUAUGGAAAGGGGAUGUAUGCACGAGCUAUUGAGUUUUUUGAAGCUGCUCUAACUAUCAUUCCUAGGUCUACACUGUUUGGUGGUGAGAUUCAAAUAUGGUUGGCUAUGGCAUAUGAGGCUAACAACCGCCAUAAAGAUUGCAUUGCUCUUUACCGGCAAUUGGAAAUGAGUCACCCAAGUAUUAAUAUUCGACGCCAAGCUGCUAAUCUUCGUUAUAUUUUGCAAGCUCCUAAGCUUAAGAUUUCCCAGGAGGAGAUGGUUACCAUCCCAUUGAUUGGUUCUGCUUAUGACAGCUAUGCAGCAACAUGGACUGACAAGUACAAGGACAAGGAUCAAAGGUUAAGCGGAUCAACAACCAAUCAGCUUCCAUCAUCGAGAGAUUAUUUAGCGGACUUAUUGAUGUGGCGACCUCCUGUUGGACUGGAGAAAAACACAGCUUUCUGGGUAGCUUUAACUUUAUGGUUGGGGUUGGUAGGAGCUGCUCUCAUUCUGCAAAGAUGAAUCAUACUAAACAGACACCAUAUAGUGAUUGUUGGUUGUAGUGUGUUCAUUCUAUUAUUUGUAUGUUCUUGUAUCAUAUUAUCACUGGGACAUUGUUACAAUAUUGUAUAAAGCAAAAGGAAAUGUCUCUUAUUAAUCUUA